CUUUAGAUUCCAAAACCCGCCUGAAAAAAAAAAAAAAAAAAAACAGAGCAACAAACAAACAACUCAAACUGCCGCCGUCAUCUAUAACUCCUGACGGACCUCCCCACUUGAUGGGCAAGACAAUGCGCCCCUUUCACGCUUUCUUUCCUUUUCACUCUCACCAUUUCUCAACCUGAAAGCUACCUCCCUGCUUCCAGUUACAAAUUAAUAUAACUAUUUUAUUGUAAAGUUCUUUUCACACAGAGAUCGUCGUUUGAAAGCAACUUCUUUAUAAGAAUAUAAGAACAUACGUAUACAGCAUUUUAAUCGUGAAGCUGAAGAGCUGGAUCGCGUGAAUGUUGGUUGAUCCAAAGAGUCAAUCUGAAUUCUGAUUUUUUUAAAUAUUAGCGGCAAUGCAAGACGUAAUUUUUAUUGAAGAAGGUGACAGGUUUAAAGGCGGGGUAGAUGUUGAGACAUCCGAGGACGAUAAACGGAGAAGUCGGAGCAGAUAUCUGAGGAAGAAAGCAAUGAGUGCAUCAACAAGACUGACACACAGUCUCAGAAAACGCGGCAAGCGUGUUUCUGAUUCUCGAUACGCUUCGAUUUCGAUCGAAGAUGUGAGAGAUGCAGAGGAGGAAAAGGCAGUUAAUGCUUUUCGCAAGACAUUGAUUGCCAAUGACCUUCUUCCACCUCGCCACGAUGAUUACCACACCAUGUUGAGAUUCUUGAAGGCUAGGAAGUUUGACAUUGACAAAACUGUACAGAUGUGGGCAGACAUGCUCAACUGGAGGAAAGAGUUUGGAGCUGAUUCUAUCUUACAGGAUUUUGUCUAUGAUGAAUUUGAAGAAGUCCAGCGUUAUUAUCCUCAUGGUUACCAUGGUGUAGAUAAAGAUGGUCGACCUGUUUAUAUUGAGAGACUCGGCAAAGCUGAACCUAGCAAGCUUAUGAAUGCCACCACAGUGGAAAGGUUUUUAAAAUAUCAUGUGCAGGGGUUUGAGAAGACUUUUGCCGAGAAGUUCCCAGCAUGUUCUAUUGCUGCCAAGAGGCACAUAGAUACUACAAUAACCAUACUGGAUGUCCAUGGAUUGAACUGGAUGAGUUUUGGCAAGGUUGCACAUGAUCUUGUAAUGCGCAUACAGAAAAUUGAUGGUGACAACUAUCCUGAGACAUUACACCAGAUGUUCAUUGUUAAUGCCGGCAAUGGAUUCAAACUGCUAUGGAACACAGCAAAAACCUUUCUGGACCCAAAAACAACUGCAAAGAUUUAUGUUUUAGGCAACAAGUUCCGUAAUAAACUGUUGGAGAUUAUAGACUCGAGCCAAUUACCAGAUUUUCUUGGGGGAACCUGCUCGUGUCCAAAUGAAGGUGGAUGCCUUAGGUCUGACAAGGGACCUUGGAAUAAUACAGGAAUUCUGAAACUGGUGCAUGCUAGUCAUGCUAUGUCCUUGACGAAGACAAUUAGCUCUUCUGAUGGUGAUGAUUUAGAACUCAAAUUAUUCACCUCUAAGGUUGCAAAUAGUGAAAUAUCUUCUAUUGAUUCAACUGUAGAUUCAAGGCCAAAUACUUCAGGCUUCAUACAGUUGGUGCCAUUUCAUAACAAAGGAAGGAUGAAUGGUCCUACUUCCAUCUGCAGUGUGGUUGAACCAGUUGAUGACACAGGAGCUGAUGGUGCUAGAUCCACAAAUGAUUUUGUCAUUGAAGAUAAUCCAAGAAGGCCAUUAAAGAAGUUCAUUCCCCAUGUAACAAGUCUAGUGGUUUGCUUCAUAUUCUAUUUGUUAGCAUGUAUAUAUCUUCUACUUCCGGGAUUGAGAAAAAUUUUUAGGGUGCAACAUGCAAAUAAACCAUUAGAAAAUCAGACUAGAUCUCAGAUACCACAGUCAAUGUCUCAAGAGCAAAAUGUUCCUCAGACAGUUGAGGAGGACUCAUUCCGUCCAUGCUGGGAGAGGCUGCAGCGUUUAGAAGCACUGGUAGGUGAUCUACUUAAUAAACCUAAAAACAUUCCUCCAGAGAAAGAAGACAUGCUUCUUGAAUCACUGAGUCGCAUUAAAUCCAUUGAGCAAGAUUUACAGAAGACAAAAAGAGCACUUAUUGCUACUGCAUCAAAACAAGUAGAGCUUGCCGAGUCAUUGGAAAAUUUAAAGGAAAGCAGCUUACCUGAGACAAAUGCAUGUUGGCCGAGAAACUCCAGAUCUUAUACCCCAGCAAGAUGAGAGUCAUUAUUUUAGAAAACAUGUUUGGUAAAGCUGUCUUUCGAAUUGGUUCAGACAUUCGACGAUGCAGUCACUGCCAAAUUUUGAACGAACUCGUCAGCUUAGGUGGUGAUCAUUCUAGGUUCUUUUAAUUGGAGUUGAGGUUAGCCAGCCAGCGAAGUAAAAGAGUGCUCUUGUUUUUUAGGGCUCAUAACACGGUUCUUAUUGGAGAUAAAAUUUGGCAGUGAGCGGGACAGUGGUGUAUAAUAUUGUUGAUGUUUCUGUACAUAUUAUAUUCACUCUUUGGUUGUUCUCACAGGCUAAGUUGUACAAACUCACCAAUUUUUAGGCAAUUGUGAAAACUAAUUUCUUUUUCUCUCUUUCUUGUCACAUUUGUAUGUGAAGUUACUAGUUGGAGUUGAUGAUUGAGAAUCAA